CACAAAUUUUCUAUUAAAAGAAUUUUUGUGAAUUUUUGAAAAUUAUUUAAUUAACUAGUAAGGAACAUUCUGAGGGCUUUCAAACCUAUUAUAAUCAAUUCAUACGUUUUAGAUUUAUCAUAAUUAUAAAUUUAACCUAAAUUCAUUAAAUCGUGAAAAGAAGUAGAAUAAAGGAAGUAAGUCAUGCCAUCCGAUUCCAAGAAACGUGAACAACAGCGUAAGAAGGAUGCUAGAAGCAAGAAAGUUGAAACGAAAAAAGAUGAUAAACAGGUCAAUGGAAAUGGAAAAGUUGAACUUACAGCUGAGGAAAUCCUUUGUCAACAAUUAGAGGAAGAGGCUAGAUUAUCAGCAAAUGCACGAUCAGCAACUGGAAAUCAAGCUAAUCAUCGAUUGGCAAGAGAUGUUAAAAUAGAAAAUUUCUCAAUUACAUUUUAUGGUCACGAAAUUCUACUUGACACGAAUCUUGAGUUGAAUUGUGGUAGACGUUAUGGCUUGUUGGGAAGUAAUGGAUGUGGAAAGAGUACUAUGUUGAGUGUUUUAGGAGCUCGUGAAGUGCCUAUACAAGAUUUUAUUGAUAUUUUCCUGUUGUCGCGCGAAGUUGCUGCUAGUUCCAAAACGGCUUUAGAAAUGGUUAUGGAAGUUGAUCAGGAACGUAUUGCAUUGGAGAAAUUAGCUGAGGAACUUAGUUUGAAUGAUGACGAAGAAUCUCAGGAGCAAUUAAUGGACAUUUACGACCGUCUUGAUGACAUGCAAUCGGACUUGGCUGAGGUACGAGCUUCUCGUAUCCUUUACGGUUUAGGAUUUGACAAGGGAAUGCAAACUAAGCAGGUUAAAGACUUUUCUGGAGGCUGGCGUAUGAGAAUCGCAUUAGCUAGAGCUCUCUAUGUUAAACCGCAUUUACUGCUUCUGGAUGAUCCGACUAAUCAUCUUGAUUUGGAUGCUUGUGUAUGGUUAGAAGAGGAAUUGAAGAAUUAUAAGAGAAUUUUAGUUCUUAUUUCCCAUUCUCAAGAUUUUUUGAAUGGUGUUUGCACAAACAUUAUUCACAUGACAAAGAAGCGCUUACAAUACUAUACUGGAAAUUACGAUUCAUUUGUCAAGACUCGACUGGAACUUCUUACAAAUCAAGCGAAACAAUAUAAUUGGGAGCAAGAUCAAAUUGCACAUAUGAAGCAGUAUAUUGCUCGGUUCGGUAAAGGUUCUAAUGCUAAACAGGCACAAUCGAAGGAAAAAGUUUUGGCUAAGAUGGUAGCUUCUGGAUUGACUGAACGGGCUGUAGAAGAGAAAAUGCUCAACUUCUAUUUCCCAUCCUGUCAAAAGCUCCCUCCUCCAAUUAUUAUGGUUCAAAAUGUUUCAUUUCGUUAUAAUGAUAAGACUCCUUAUAUCUACAAGGAUUUAGAGUUCGGUAUUGAUCUAGAAUCACGUUUAGCGUUAGUAGGUCCAAAUGGUGCUGGAAAAUCAACUUUGUUGAAACUUUUAUGCCAAGAAAUCGUCCCAACAUCUGGUAUGAUUAGAUGCAAUGCUCAUUUGAAAAUUGCUAAAUAUAAUCAGCAUCUACAUGAGUUACUUGAUAUGGAAAUUAGCCCUUUAGAUUAUAUGUUGAAGUCGUUCCCAGAAGUUAAAGAAAGAGAAGAAAUGAGAAAGAUUAUUGGACGUUAUGGAUUGUCAGGAAGACAACAAGUUUGUCCAAUUAGGCAGCUUUCAGACGGUCAACGUUGUCGUUUAGUAUUCGCAUAUUUAGCUUCACAAUCGCCCCAUUUACUGUUAUUUGACGAACCUUCCAACGGCUUAGAUAUGGAAACUAUUGAUGCUCUGGCUGAAGCUAUUAAUGAAUUCGAGGGUGGAAUGGUUCUGGUUUCUCACGAUUUCCGUCUUAUCAACCAGGUUGUUAAUGACAUUUGGAUAUGCGAGAAGCAAACAGUUACGAAAUGGGACGGAACAAUUAUGGACUACAAAGAGCAUCUUAAGAAGAACAUGGCAAAAGAAGCUCGAUAAAUUAAUGAUGGAUGAACGUUGUUAAAUUCUGCUCUGAAUUACUUUUUUUUUCAUACUUUCCCUUAAAAUGAUUUUGUUUUGAAUGUAAGAUGUCACAUACCAAGAUCUAAUAGCUGAAAUAUUAUUAUAGAAAUAGCCACAAUGCACCACUAAAUGAACUACUAUCUUCGUAUAAUAGCAUAAAAGUCUUAUGUUCAAAAGUGAAAAUAAUUAUUUUUAAACUCUUAAAAAAACUUCACAUUCAACCGCAUAAAUGUGAUGUAAUAUUAUUAAGUAAAUAACGAAUACAGCAUUACAUUAAUUUAAAAAUAUGUAAUUAAUAUAUUUAAAUUAUAUUUUUAACUAUCUGUCACAUUUUUUUCUAAAUAAUCUUUUUUAAUUAUGAACAUCAAGUAAUAUUUAGCCCGAAUGAAUUUCCUUACAUCCUGAACUAAUUCCAGUUAAUUCUGAAAUAAAGAAAACUUAUUUUCUUUUUUGCAGGCUGC